AUGAGCAACAACGUCUUCUCAAAUCCCGCUUCGGCGGCCAUCUUCUUCGCCAAGUUCUCCCGUCUCGAUCCUGCGACCCGCCGCAACGUCUUCCGACUCUUGGCGGACGACCUGUACACCGCCGUCGACCUUGCCGCCACAAUAUGCUCACGAGUCGCUCUGACCGCGGUCCGAGAUUUCUCUCCGCACGUCCAGACCAUAAUCCUCUCGUCCCCUUUCGACGACCCUGGUCAGAGUGGCUUCUACGAAUGGCUAUAUGAGUUUGCUAGAUGGACACUGCCUGCAGGGCACUUAGGCCUACCCGUGCAGCAUAUCGGGUGGAACCUUUUUGAUCUUUGUAUUAACAGGGGACUAAACCUGGUUAAUGGCAGGUUGUAG